UCCGCGGAAGGUCAGUACCACUCCGCUUGCGCGUUGUGGAACACAUCGUUCAUUAUUUUUCAUUAAUUAAUUAUCCGUUACAUACUGUAUAUUUUGAAUGAGUUUAACCACCUUGCAAUGUUUGGAAAUGCGGGCUUUUAUUUUUAAGGUUUUUUGCAUUACCAUAGAGAGGUGACAUUGUCGUUAGUGCUGCUAGCAAAAUAGUAGUGUACAGUAGUUGUCAGGGGAAUGGCGUGUUGUCCAAAACAAACGCCACGAAGAUAUUUGUGGUAGAAAUGAGAGGUCGGACGCAUAUUUUUUUGUUUUUCAAUAUAAAUAGAUGAUCACUGCACCAAAAACCUUCGAAUGUAUAAAUCGCACACCUUUUGAUAUUUUUUCCCUCUAUUUUUGGAGGUGCGCAGCACGGACUGCUGAAACCGCAACGUGAACCAGAGACGUUGGAUGCAGUCCUGGUCCAAAAGGUACUCAGAACAACAAACCAGUGAUAAGCUUAUGGUCCAUCAUCAUAUCAGGUCAAAUAUGAUUGAACCACAGGACUGCGACGACAGUGAUGAACAUGAUGUUCCAUUACCAACCCUACCACCUAUGCCACGAGAGCGGGUCCCGUUGCAGAGGAGCAACGUGUGCUCCCGCUCUUACUUCAUGGUGGUAAUGGUCUUUUUCCAUGUAUACAUCAUCAAUGUCAUUGCGCUACUCCUCUACGUGCACUACAACAACAGCCCUGGAGAGGUACUGGCCACCCCGAAGGCAAGCGGUGGAAGCAAUCAUCACAAGCACCCCGAGUUCAAUCAGCAACAGUCAGAUUCUGGCUUUCAGCAGCAUAUGUACCUUCCACGCCUAGAGGGCAUACGGGUGGGCCAUGUCCAGAAGUUGUCACUGGUGCCAAGCAAUGUGCAUGAGAUGCGGACCCUGAGUCUGAAGCCCCUGCUGUUUGAGAUCCCAGGGUUCCUGUCUGAAGAGGAGUGUCGUGUGGUGGUGCAGCUGGCCCAGCUGAAGGGCCUGAUGGAGAGCCAGGUGAUGGUGCCUGAGGGACAGGAGGAGCUGACGGAGCAGCUCAAUCUCAGCCCUGAGGAGAUCUUCAACCUGCUAGACCUCAACCAGGACGGACAGCUACAACUCCAGGAGAUAUUGACACAUUCACGAGUGAGGGAUGGGAUCUGGCUGACACCAGAGAAUCUGAAAGAGAUCUAUGCUGGACUGAAGGCUGACCCUGACGGUAACGGCUUGCUGAGUCUGGAGGAGUUCAGGCGUCUGGGCAGUGAUGCGUUCCAGCGCUUCUUGCAGCAGCGCGGGUUGAAGAGCAGCCAGCUGGUCAGGAACAGCAGACACACCUGGCUGUACCAGGGACAGGGGGCACACCAGGUUCUCCGAGACCUCAAGAAGAGGGUGGCCCGUCUGACCCGGAUGCCCUCUGCGUUGGUGGACCUGAGUGAGCCCCUCCAGGUGGUACGUUAUGAGCAGGGAGGCCACUACCACGCCCACCACGACAGCGGCCCUGUCUACCCUGAGACCGCCUGCACACACACGCGCCUCGCUGCCAACACCUCCACACCCUUCGAGACCUCCUGCAGGUACAUCACCGUUCUCUUCUACCUGAACUCGGUUGAGGGGGGCGGGGAGACCGCGUUCCCUGUGGCAGACAACAGGACCUAUGAGGAAGUGUCUCUGAUCCAGAACAAUGUGGAUCUUAUGGACACGAGGAAGAACUGUGAUAGGAGCAACCUGAGGGUAAAGCCUACUAAAGGGACAGCCGUGUUCUGGUACAACUACCUUUCUGACGGACAAGGCUGGGUGGGGGAGCAGGAUGAGUACUCUCUGCACGGCGGCUGUGUGGUCACCCGCGGCACUAAGUGGGUGGCCAAUAACUGGAUCAACAUCGACCCAGACUACCAGCGCCAGGCUCGCUACCAGCAGCUGGUGUCACAGCAGGGGGAAGAGAAAGAGGGGGAGGACGAGCAGUCUCAGCCCCGCCCUGAACAACUGCAAACUGCUGACUCCCAUCAGGAACUGUAGCUGUACUGCUGUAGCCUAGAAACUGAAAAACAAUGACCUCUCCUUAGGUCCACUAAUUACACUAGUUCCAAUCUCAGAAUAGUUAUGGGUGGUCCAGACUUUGUAGUUAGUGGGCCUAGACCUCCCCCACCCUCUUCUUCAGCCUAAAGCUACCACAAAGAUAUCUCUCUACCCACUUCCCCAACCGAACUUUACUCUGCCAUGCUGUGCACAACCUCCCAUGACGACACCUCCUCUGCGGCCAGUACAUAGAUUGUUGAUAUUCAGGGACUGUGGUAACUUUGGAUUUAUGCAACUGAGAAGGGGUCUAAUGUUGUUGUUCAGAUGUCCUUGUUUGUUCACUAUUAGUUGUGUUUUCUCAGCUGAAUUUAUGCAUACUUCCAAACUUUGUUUACGUUAUAUACUUAUGCACAAUUUUACAUUCUGUGUGUCACAAAACAUUAGUGUCAUAUUUUUUUGUGAGUGAGACUGACGCUCUGAUACACACAUUGCGGAGG